AUGAGAAUGCAGUCCGUUUCAAAUAUCUUAAAAUCCAGCUUAAAAAAAAGUGUGCAAAUCAAUGGAAAAAAUAAAAUAAUUCAAGGAGGAAUAUGCACAAAUUUUCCAAGAUGUUUUUCAACCACAAAUAAUUUAAAAACAAAAAAAAUGAACAUGUUUACUGCAAUCAAUUCUGCUAUGCACACAGUGUUUGAAAAUGAUCCUAAAUCAAUACUAUUGGGUGAGGAUGUAGCAUUUGGUGGUGUGUUUAGAUGUUCUUUAGAUUUAAGAAACAAAUAUGGAGAUAAAAGAGUUUUUAACACACCUUUAUGUGAACAAGGUAUAAUUGGUUUUGCUAUUGGACUAGCCGAAAAUGGAUAUACAACUAUUGCUGAAAUACAAUUUGGUGAUUAUAUAUUUCCAGCUUUUGAUCAAAUAAUAAAUGAUGUAGCUAAAUAUCGCUAUAGAUCAGGUAGUAGUUUUGAUGUAGGAAAAUUAACUAUUAGAUGUACAUGGGGUGCAGUAGGUCAUGGUGGUUUAUAUCAUUCACAAAGUCCAGAAGCAUUUUUUGCUCAUGCAUCAGGUAUUAAAAUAAUUGUACCAAGUGAUGCAUAUAAAGCUAAAGGAUUACUACUAUCUGCAAUUAAAGAUCCAAACCCUUGUUUAUUUUUCGAACCCAAAAUAUUAUACAGAGCAUCUGUUAAUGAAGUGCCUAUUGAACAAUAUGAAUUAGAAAUAGGUAAAGCAGAUGUAGUAAAAGAAGGUUCUGAUUUAACUAUUGUUACAUGGGGAUCAUUAGUACAUAAAAUGAAAAAUGCAGCUGAUAUUUUAUUAAAAAAACAUAACAUAGAUUGUGAAGUUAUUGAUUUACAAACAAUUGUACCAUGGGAUAUUGAAACAGUACAAAAAUCUGUUGAGAAAACAGGAAGAUUAUUAAUUACACAUGAAGCUCAAUUAACUAAUGGGUUUGGAGCUGAAAUAGCAGCAAAAAUACAAGAAAGAUGUUUUUAUAAUUUAAAUUCGCCAAUUAAAAGAGUAUGUGGUUAUGAUACUCCAUUCCCACAUGUUUAUGAACCAUUUUAUAUUCCAGAUGAACACAAAGUUAUUUAUGAGGUAAAAAAAAUGAUGAAAGAAUAA